UUAGUUGUAUAUGAUAUUUAUUGAACAUGAAUGCAGGAUUUGGAUUUUCCAGGUGGAAAAAUUCCAUUAACAUCACAAAUGAAGUUUAUUUCAGAAGCAUCCGAUAAGAGAUUACCAUGUUAUCGAGUUCUACAUGACGAUGGAUCUCUAAUUUCUAAUACCAUACAUGACAAGUUAGGGGAAGAAGUAGCUGUGAACAUGUAUAGUGCCAUGGUUACUUUGAAGACAAUGGACACUUUCCUUUAUGAAGCACAAAGGCAAGGGAGGAUUUCUUUCUAUAUGACCACUUUUGGUGAAGAAGCUAUCAACAUUGCUUCUGCAGCUGCUCUAUCUCCACAUGACUUUGUAUUACCUCAAUAUCGAGAAGCAGGGGUGUUACUAUGGCGUGGCUUCACCGUGCAAGAAUGCACAAAUCAAUGUUUUGGGAAUAAGGAUGAUAAAGGAAAAGGCAGGCAAAUGCCAGUACAUUAUGGUUCUAAUAAACAUAAUGUUAUUACCAUAUCUUCACCUUUGGCCACUCAGAUAUCUCAGGCUGCUGGUGUGGCUUAUUCUUUGAAAAUGGAUAAAAGAGGUGCUUGUGCUGUUGCUUAUACAGGGGAGGGUGCAACUAGUGAGGGAGAUUUUCAUGCUGGAUUGAACUUUGCAGCUGUUAUGGAAGCUCCUGUUAUCUUCAUAUGCCGGAAUAAUGGAUGGGCCAUAAGCACCCCUGUACAUGAACAGUUUCGAAGUGAUGGCAUUGUGGCAAAGGGGCUAGGUUAUGGAAUAAGAAGUAUUCGCGUAGAUGGGAAUGAUGUUAUUGCAGUUUAUAAUGCUGUUCGUGCAGCUCGUAAUAUGGCAAUUAGUGAGGAAAGACCAAUACUAGUUGAGGCAAUGACGUAUCGAGUAGGACACCAUUCGACGUCUGAUGAUUCCACAAAGUAUCGGCCAACAAAUGAAAUAGAAUACUGGAAAACAGCCAGAAGCCCCAUUGCCAUAUUCAGAAAAUAUAUUCAGAGAAAUGGUUGGUGGAGUGACGAUCAAGAAUAUGAACUCUACAGAGAUGUCAAGAAACAGGUCUUAGAGGCAAUUAAAACAGCAGAAGGAAUGGAGAAGCCUGCAUUGACAGAAUUGUUUAGUGAUGUGUAUGAACAAAUGCCACCUAAUCUCCAUGAACAAGAGAGGUCUAUUAGAGAUGCAAUCAACAAAUAUCCUAAAGACUACCCUACUAGUGAUUUUCAUGUAUAGCUUAGUA